AGAAAUAAAAGAUACCGCACGCAAAAUAUGAGUACUGAGGCAAAAUCCCAGCAUGCUCACGACUGAAAAGAUGGAGGACCUAGCGGUCGAAGUGCGUGGGGAAAACGGAGCCCACUACAAGGCAUUCGUCAUUGAUGUCCAUGACAAUGACAUUUCCGUGGCAUUUGAAAAUGACUGGCAGCCCCCAAACAAGUUCCCCUUCCAGAGGAUACGUCUGCCAUCCACCCCGUGCAAGGACGGAGAAAAGCCCGAAAUCACCGAGGGGCAGGAAGUGGAGGUGUUUUCCAAGGCGAACGACCAGGAGGCCUCUGGCUGGUGGGAGGCGAUGGUCAAGAUGACCAAGGGGGACUUCCACGUGGUGGAGUACCAGGGCUGGGAUACUGCCUACUCGGAGAUUGUGCCGGGGGACCGGCUGCGCCCCAAGAACGUCAAUCCUCCUAUCACUAAGAGCACCUUUACGAAGUUCGAGCUGGAAGUGCCAGAAGACCUUAGGGAAUAUUCGAAGGACGACUCCGCCCACAAGGAGUUCAAGAAGGCCAUUGGUGCGGCCGUGGUGCGGUACAUCACCUCCAAGAACUGCCUCAUGGUCAUUGCUCGCUCGGAGGCGGCCAAGAAGCGUGCCGAGAUGAUGAGCGAGAUCUACUACCGCAACCUGAGGCAGAAGCUGAUUCUGCUCAGCAAGACAGAGGAGGCUGCCAGGCAGCUGGAGAAUCGUAAGUCUUCUCAAAGAGGGGACCCGAAUUCGAAACAAAAGAGCACGCGGCUGCACUCGAGCUCCGGCUUUGUGGAGGAGUUCAGCGUACGAGAGGACCUGAUGGGGCUGGCCAUUGGGGCCCACGGGGCCAACAUCCAGAAUGCCCGAAAGCUGGACGGGGUAACGGGCAUCGAGCUGGCCGAGUCCUCCUGCACCUUCAAGAUCUUUGGAGAGACGGAGGAAUCUGUGAAGAAGGCGAGGGGAUUGCUUGAGUAUGCGGAGGAAUCCAUCCAAGUGCCUAGGAUUUUGGUCGGCAAAGUAAUAGGGAAGAACGGCCGGGUGAUUCAGGAGAUGGUGGACAAGUCUGGCGUCGUCAGGGUAAAAAUUGAAGGAGACAACGAAAACGAGACUCCCCGGGAAGAGACGGACCUGUCGUUGCAGGUGCCCUUCGUGUUUGUAGGCACGGUGGAGAGCAUCAGCAAUGCUCGCAUACUCCUCGAAUACCACCUGGCACACCUCAAGGAAGUGGAGAAGCUGCGCCAGGAGAAGCUGGAGAUCGACCAGCAGCUGCGCAGCCAGCUGGGCGGCCCCCCCAGCUACCAAGGGGGCUUCCCCCUGCCCCGGAGGGGAGGGGGGGGAGGUGGCCUCCAGGGAGGGGGGGGUCACCCGGGCGGGCCCUACCACCAUCCCCACCCACACUCCCACGACCCCCACGAGGGAGGGGGCGGGGGCCGGGGGGGAGGCAGGGGCCGGGGGGGCCCGCCCCAGAGGGGGGGAGGGGGCCGGCGCUGGGGCGGAGGAGAGGGCCGCUACAGCAACAGCAGCAACGCACCGGCCGGCUCGCGGCAGACUCCGGAGCGGCAGAAUGGGACAUCCGAUUUCCCCCCUCGGAGGGGGGGCCGUGGCGACCGCAGGCGGGUGACUGACGAGGACGAAUCCCUUCUGGACAGCCACGAAGUCUCCAGCGUAGCCAGCCUGGACAGAGAGAGCGUUGCUUCGACGGAGGGUCAGCGCAGCAACUGGCAGCGCCCGCAGCAGCAGCAGAAGCGCCGACCGCGGCGCUACGGGGGCGACCGGGGCCCCCCGCCCCCCAUGGGGGGAGGGGGACCUUCGGGGUCAGCCCCCUCGCGCUCUUUCUCGGAGCCGCGGGAUACCGGGCACGGCCCCUCGGCAGGACCCCACCACCGAGGCAACCGGGGACCCCCCCGGGAGGGAGGGGCCCCCGCCGGGGAGACCCCGAGGGACGGCCCCCAGGGCAAGGAGCCCGCGGCCGCGAAGGAGGGCGCACCCCCCAAGGACCUCGCCCCCGCAGCCCCCAGGGACUCCUCCGUCAAGGAGCGAAAGUCCGAGCCAAAGGAGAGAGCGAGCAGUGCCGGAGGCAACGGAUCGAAGCUGAACGGGGAAGUGCGGCCCGACGAUUCCGUCGGUAGCGCGGACGCGCCCAAAACGCAGCGAGAACCUCGCAACCGCCAAGCGAGCACGACGGGCAACGUCGCCGCCGCGCCACCUCCCGCCGGCGUCACGAGCGGCGGCAGCAGCGGUAAGGUCGCAAGCACCCCGGCCGUCGCGACGCCUCCCAGGGAAGAGCAACCGAUGGUCAACGGCUCCAAGUAAGACGAGCGACAACGGCAAGAACAAUGGCAACGAGAAGCAGCAGCAGCGGGAACUGAGGCAGACGCGGAGAGAGAAAGAAAAAGGGAAGAAGCGGAUGUUGGGGGAGAGGAAGGGGCGCGAGUUUGUGUGCCGACAACGGGGGACUUCGAUUUCGAGAGAGACUUGCGUCUGCAAGACCGGCAGUGCGCGAGUAUUGAAACUCUCCUGCUUUUGUCUCUUCUUCUUUUUUUUUUUUUUUUUUUUUUUUAGGUUGGGGCAAGCGUUUGCCCUGUCUUUUUCGAUGUUUGAGGGUUGUGCUACGUGCCGUACUGUGGAACUGAAUUUCGAUGAAGGGGUUCUGUUGAACUACGAACAAGUGACGAGUGUUUGCCUCAAAAUUCUAUGCUAUAUUUUUUUCUUUGUUUCUGUCACGGCUUGGUUCUACCGAGAAAGUAAAGACGAGCUGUGGAAUCUGCUGGAAUUUUUCCCCCGAUCCUUUUUCACGUUGAGGCUAGUUUGUCGUAUUGUUGAUUGAUCAUACUGGUUGUUUGUUUGUUUUUUUGUCUGCCUUUGACCAUACUGUUGUUUUUCUUUUUUCAUAUUGCCAUUGAAAAUUUUUUUGUGUGAAUGAAUGUGUGUAUGUUUAUUAUAAUAAUUACCACUAACUGCUGGCCAAAAAGAGUUGUUAUUUUUAGUUUGUGGUGUGUGCGACGAGCAAGCGAGAAGCUGCGUGUGACGCGAGAUUGGUUUGGCUGGUGUCUCUUGUUUUCUCUUGUAAAUGUGUGCGCUGGUGCGAUUCUCGCAACAAUGCUCGGUGAAUGCGUAGCUUCUUUUUUCCUUACAUAGCAAUUGAUGCAUUCUCUAAUCCUACUGACAAGCGGCUCGAGUUUUUUUGUUUUUGUUUACUUCUUUUUUUCGAGGCUUGUGUUUGUAACACGUUGCAGGUCGGGCAAAAAACACAUAUUGGAUGAUUGUGUGUUUGCGUCUCCUGGCCGCAACGCAUUCGCAACAAGCGCGUUUAGCAAUAGUAGCGUACAAGCCAAUUGCCCUCCAAUCCCUUUUUUUUUUUUUUUUUUUUUAUUGCACGAAGCACUUUGUACGGUGGCAUUUGUUGCCAACAUAGUCACUGCAACUAGACGGGGCUUGGCAGUUUGCAAUUAAAUUUGAAGCGUGAGCAGUGUUUGGAUGCUUGUCUCUCUAUCUCUUUCCUCGGGAUUCCUGUUAAAUAGACACUUUUUGUAUGUGGGAAAUCGUUCGGACUGCCCGCUGCCACACCCCUCUUAUGCUGCGAGUUUUCAUUUCAAAUGUGGUAGUGGCAGUUUUCUGAGUGAUAUAAUUAUGAGAAGAGCACUCUUGCAAAGAGGAAGAAAAUAGCUAGACAGAAGACGAAGCUUUCUCUCUUUUUUUUUUUUUUUACACACAUCUCUUUAAAGGUGCACAAGCUUUUUGUUCUCUGUAAGUGUUGCGUACUCAACAGCGAGUGCACCAUUAUUUGCAGGUUUAAACUGUUUUCUUUCGCCAUUGCUUGCGAGAUGUUGGCAUUAGUUUCGUGAUUAUUUAUUUGGACUUGUAAUGGUUUUUGUUGCAUUUGUUGGUCUGAUAUUUGUGUGGCAUGUUCUUCCUUGCCUUGUUUGUGGUGUGUUUUUUUUUUUUUUUUCUGUAAAUAAAUAUAAAAAAAGCAGUUGCAUCUUUA